GGUACUAUUAUUACCGUAAAAAUGCAGCUGAGUGGAUUGAUUUUCUUGGUUUAUCUGAUAGUACCAGCGAUAUUUGCUGAAGAUGUAAGCUAUCAAGCUUGCGUUGAUAAAUAUUCGAGAAAAGGCUACCAACCUUGGCAAGAAUGGUCUGAUCAUUAUACUUGCCAUAGAUAUAGAUGUGAAAUAAGAGAUGGAAAGUUCUUUAUAGCAGCUGUUGGCUGUCGGAAGCCUAAGAUCCCAGAAAAUGCAUUAGAAUGCCAUGAAUAUAUUGAAGAUGAAAACGUUGAGUUCCCAACAUGCUGCGCAAGGUUGAGAUGUGUUGUUGAGUUGAACGGUGAAAGAAUUGUUCAAACUAGGGGACAACCUGGUGAACUAUUUCCUGAUAAGCCUUGGAAGGGACAGCAAAAUGAGCCGAACCCGGCCGUAGUUGGAAUGGCUGGCAUCCCGCAGAGCCCAGUUGGAGGAGAACAACAAGGCCAAUCCGCUCCUGGUAUCUUCAACAGCCGUGGCGCAGCGGAUGGCAACGAUAUUAAUGGAAGAAGAUAUGUAGACCCCUUCCCAACACAGCAAAUGCAAGAUUCUCCCAGGAAGAAGCGAUCUACUGUGUAUCCACUCUUCGACAGGGGAUUAUUUAGAGAAUCAGGAUCUUACAACAACCAACCCCGUCAGGGUAAAAUAAUUGGUUAUUCCCCUGAAAGAUACACUUCUUAUUUCUCUAAUAGUGUUAAAGAUCUUCAAACUUCCAAAAUAAAUUAG